AGCAACAUCCUAUUCCUCUGCCCUCCCAACCGCUUGUCCAUGAAGACCCAAAAUCACACAAAACUUACUAAGCAACCGUUCAUUUCCAAAACCUCCAAAGUUAAUGAUCUCUCUUGGACCGGAGAAGAUGAACAGGAUCGCGGUGAGGCCAGUUGUGGGCGGUCUGCGCGGUGGCCAGAACUGUAACAGCUACAUUUCCACGGCGGUGGCCCUCAGGCCAUUGGACGGCGCCGAGUUUCUGCAUUCCCUGAAGGGUGACGUUUCGGGCGGCUUUUACUGGACGAGGAUGAUGAGCACAUUGCCGCAGUCUCCUAAAACGGUGGAGGAGCGGAGGGAGAGCAAGAGCUCAGUCUCCAACGAUGCGAAGAAAGGAAGUGAUAGGGUAGUAGUUUCGGAUUACUGGGGGAUUUAUAGGCCGAAGAUCACAAGGGAGGACGUGAGCGAGUGGACUUGGAAUUGCUUCAUGCCAUGGGAUACUUAUAAACCGGACUUAUCGAUCGAUCUGAGCAAGCACCAUGUGCCGAAGACGUUUAUGGACAGAUUUGCGUAUAGGACCGUCAAGGUUCUUCGGAUGCCAACUGAUAUUUUCUUUAAGAGACGGUAUGGGUGUCGUGCAAUGAUGCUGGAAACUGUGGCAGCUGUCCCUGGCAUUGUGGGAGGAAUGCUACUGCACUUAAGGUCUCUCCGCAAGUUCCAGCAGAGCGGUGGUUGGGUCAAGGCUCUACUUGAAGAGGCAGAGAAUGAGAGGAUGCACCUCAUGACAAUGGUGGAACUUGUACAGCCCAUGUGGUACGAGAGGCUACUGGUUCUUGUUGUGCAGGGAGUGUUCUUCAAUGCCUUCUUUGUUCUUUAUUUGCUUUCUCCCAAACUGGCGCAUAGGAUUGUUGGGUAUCUGGAGGAGGAGGCUAUACACUCUUAUACAGAGUAUUUGAAGGAUAUCAAUAGUGGAAAGAUUGAAAAUGUACAAGCUCCUGCAAUCGCAAUCGACUACUGGAGGCUUCCUAAAGAUGCUACGCUAAGGGAUGUUAUUACUGUGAUUCGUGCCGAUGAAGCUCAUCAUCGAGAUGUCAACCAUUAUGCAUCUGAUAUUCAAUUUCAGGGUAAGGAAUUGAGAGAGGCACCGGCUCCCUUUGAUUAUCACUGAAAGUCAUCUUGUAUGCCAAUAGUUAGAAGUGUUAUGUCUUUCUGAUAUGACCUGUCUUGUAUAUGAUGGAUGAAGGCUAUGAUCUAUAUGGAUAUAGAUGUGAUUUCAAUUAGAUAUGGGAGA